AUGAGUUCAAGAUUUGGAGGGACGAACGCUUAUCAACGCGAUAGCGGUAGGACACAAUUGUUUGGUACACCUGAUGGUUCGAGUAAUCUCGAUGAUGAUAGAUCACCAGCGUUUGGUAGCACAGGCAAGUUAGACUACUCCCAAAGUACUUUGGCAUCGCUAGAAUCUCAGAGUGAAGAGCAAAUGGGGGCUAUGGGACAAAGAAUAAAGGCCCUGAAGUCGUUAUCUUUGAGAAUGGGUGAUGAAAUUAGGGGCAGCAAUCAAACUAUUGAUCAGCUUGGUGAUACUUUCCAUAACACGUCUGCCAAACUAAAAAGGACCUUCGGUAACAUGAUGGAGAUGGCUAAAAGAUCCGGGAUUAGCAUAAAAACAUGGUUGAUAAUAUUUUUCAUAGUAGGCUUGCUUUUUUUCUGGGUGUGGAUUACAUAG